UCUCUCGCUCCUCACCUCUCCUCGUCGUCUAUCUAUAUAUAUCGAGGGAGGAUUUCGCAUUUCGCGCAUGCCGCGCGUGACGUCUACUCUACUACGGUCGCGUCAACUCGAGUGACAGGGUCGCCGCGAGCAAGGAGGACCGCGCGCCGAAGAAGGAAGAUGAAGGGCGUCAAGAAAAAGAAGAAAACGCACUUCUGACAAGAAUCCGACGUGUAUGAUGAAAGGGGCUCAUUAGUAUGCUGGAUAAGCGACGGCUCCAUGCCUCCGGUACGUCGCCAUGCACCCUCAUCUUCGUGGUCGUUCUGGCACUAACUGGAUGCUUCUCGUUCUGGAUUCACAUCGAUGGUUCAGGAUCACCGAUCCCUUACUCCAGCGGCGGUGUGGCCGCGCCAGGAUAUAUCCUUAUAUUUCCCGGAAACGUCACACCCUCCGCGCAGCCCUACUCGAUAAACGAACUUCCGUCCGAUGAUAAAUCCACGUUGAUCAACAUCACGGACUUCAGAUUCACCAUGAACCACAAUCCCUGCAAUCGCACGCAACCGUUGCUGCUCAUGUUAGUUCACUCGGCGCCGGGGAAUUUUCCGAAGAGGCACGUCGUGCGGGAAACCUGGGGUCAACAAGCGCCGGACGUGACUUUAUUGUUUCUCGUGGGAUAUUCGGAGGAGUAUCAAUCCAGACUCGAAGAGGAAAACAAGAAAUAUCAAGACUUAAUACAGGGAAACUUUCUUGAUGCCUAUAGAAACAUGACCUACAAGCACGUUAUGGGAUUAAAGUGGGCUACUUAUUACUGUCCAAGUGCCAAAUAUAUACUUAAAUUAGACGACGACGUUUUUGUUCAUUUACCGGCCAUGCUGGACUUUCUAACGCGUGGCCUCUCGCCGUGGGGUGCAAGACGUCUGAUUCUCUGUGAUCUUCUGUCAGCUUCCGCAGUGAAGAGAUCGUGGCGCUCAAAGUGGCGCGUCUCCCCUCAGGAGUAUCCCGGUAGACUUUAUCCCGCGUACUGUGCCGGAUGGGCGAUCUUAUACUCGCCUGAUAGUGUAUUUAUACUGUACCGCGAGGCCCAGAAGGAGCCGUACUUCUGGAUCGAUGACGUGCACAUUACCGGGACACUGGCUAGGAAAGUAAAUUUAACUCAAACCUCAUUACACUCUUGGGUGCUUACGACCGAGAGCAUGCGGGACCUGUUGUCGAACCCGAGUGCUCGACGAGAUUUUCUGUUCGGGCCUCCGGAUUUAACGGAGAGCGGAAUACGAGCCUUACAUAGUCUAGUUUCUAAACCACGGCCUAGCAGCAAAAGCCUAUUGAAUUAAACACAUCUAAAAUAGAACAAUUUCGAUUAUAUUUCGGGCGCGGUGUAACACGAAGAAAAAAGCUAGGUAAGAGAAAAAACAUUGAAUGUUCUUAUAUCUUUCGCGUAUCUUAAUUCUGUAUACAUAUAUUUGUACAAUAGUCCGACGUAAGUGUUCGAUUAUUUGCACAAACGCCAUACAUAAUGCAUAUGUAAUAGUGCGUUGCAUAUAUGUGCACAUGUGUCUGUGUAUGCAUACACAUACAGACGCAAAAAACAUAUGUGUAACAAAAUAUUACGAGGUAGUCUUAUUUAAUCAAGGAUUGAAACCGGCAUAAUUUCAUCGAAUUCAAUUCAUGUACUAAGGUACAACGUUAUAACUAUUUGUCACAUUCAUUGUCACGAAUAACAUAGGGAUCAAACUUUGCUAGUUCAUGGAAUUGGAGUUUAAAUUUAGUUGAAUGAAAUACCGAUUUCAAUCCCUGUACUCAAAUAUUCAUCUCGGAACAAUACUCAGAAGUGAAGAAAAUGUUUCAAUCAAGUGUCUUACUUUUAAGAAUUCGUUUUUUUCUCUUCAAUUAAUAGAGGCUCUUAAUUUAUAAUCAGGGCUUGUAAUUGAAUAUCGUGUCGCAUCAAAACUGAUUUUCGAAAACAUCAAUGUUUUCAAUUUCAUAUAUACUUUAGGUUUUUUAUUUUGAUUUAUUUCUAAUUUAUUCAAGUUAUUAUCGCAUGGGAUAGAUAACAGUAUUUAAUAAUUUGCAGCACAAUUGCAAUUGAUACCUGAUUUUUAUGUGUAGUUUGUCUUAAUUCAGCCAUCUUUGGCCACUAUAUGUAAAAUAUACGCACAUAUAUAUUUAUAGAUCUCUAUGUUAAACGAGUGGGCGGAGGGGGGAAAGAAUUGACAAGAAUCUCAUUAUUCAGAUUCUCUUUGACAUUUUUGUCUAGAAAAUUUGUUAAAAUAUACAUGUAUAUAAAAAAAAAAUGAGAAUUCAUUAUUACUUAACAUAUCAUUUAUGAGCCCUGAUUAUUACAUCGUAUUGAAUUAAGGUAAAUCUGAUAUUAUGAAAAAUUAUCUCAUUUUUUGCGUUUCAAAGAAUAAAAUACACAUUAUCUAUUUUUUUAUUUGUAUUUAUAAAAAUGCCAACACAAUAUGUGAGGAGAGUAAUAUUAAUAUAUUUAAGAAAUGUUACGUAUCACGUGAUGGAAGACAUUCUCCUCUCGCAGUGAUAGAAAUUUGCGAGAGACGAGCGUGUUACACUUUAUUGUAAAUCUAUUAAUCGGCAACAAGAAACGGGGGGAUGGGUCGUGUAUGGAGUCACACUUGUGAAUGUACUUAAAUGUAAUGUAAUUAAUACGAGCAAAUUUAAGAUAUUAUUACAUUGUUACGCAAGAAUAUUAACAAAUUAAUAUUGUUAUGUAGCAACAAGUACAACCCCAAAACAAGGGUCCACUCGCAAUUAGAUACAGAGAUCGCAGAUAUUUGUCUGUUUUUGAAUGUCUUUAAAUUUUUUAUGUGUCAAUUUAAUCUGAUUUUUCUUUAUUUUCUUCUGAUCAUCCACGAAUUGUAUAUUUCGUAUUAUUAUGAAAAGUACGUGCCUGCAAAUUAUAACAAUCUUAAAGAAACGUAAUUUAGUCCUUUCAGUUUUACGUUCAGUGAUUUCUCUAGGAUAUCGAUGAUCGAUGUGACAACUCCGGUAUUACUUCGCAAACGCAUUGUAACUCUGUUUUGCUCUGAAAAUACAACGAAUGUGUCUACCGGAAUAAAACAUGCAGAAUUCCACUCGCCAGCACGCUAUGCUCGGAGCCGAAUUUUUCUUGUGAUAUAGCAGAAAGAGGACUCGCGUCACCUCUCUCAAGUAUUCGCAGUAAAUUCCGAAACUAGGCAACAUAUUCGUAUCUCACACUAUAGGAUAAAAAGAUCAAUGGUUAUAUUAGUUAUUAAAGGAUCUCACUCAUUAUAAUUCCUCUCGACGUGGAUAUUCUCAGACAUUUUUACCAAUGUAUCGAGUUUUUCCUUAUAUACUAUUUUUAUUUGUACAUUGUGUUCGGAAAGAGGGAGUAUCUCUAUUGUGCGAUAAUGUGAAAUCGCAUUAGUAUAAUUCUUGUGAUGGAAUAAAUACUUAUAAUUUCAAUAAAUAAUGGAUUAUUUAAAAUA